AUGGCAAUGCGCACGGCGCACGCCAGCAGGGUCGUCCUGGGACGAGGCUUCUUCAUCUCAACCUCUUCACGAUUCGGACUCAAAGAGUCAUCGACACACACAGACUUUGACAAGCACAAGCAAGACUCCCUAGCAAAGCAAAAGAAGGGAACAGGCCACUGGAAACCCGAGCUAGCGUCCGACAGCGAAGAGGCCGUCAGGGCGGAUCGGUCGGCUGAUGAGCCUGCUAAGGAUUUGCAGGAGAGGACCAAGAGGGCUGCUGAGGAGACGGCCAAGGCUGGUACGAGCAUGAGGGAUAACAUGUGA